AUGACAACAACGUUUUUGAAUAUUAGCGGCUACCUUAUCGUCUUCUUAUUGUCGGUAUUAGCAAUAUUGACUCCACAUGUUGGAGCUCAUGUUGCUGAAUUCGACGAUUACUGGACGCAACGUCAAAGCGAUGCGUUGGAACAAACCUUGGCCUCUUACGUUCCUAAUCCUCUUAACGUCACCGAUCAUUUGAACUACCAUGCUGCUUUAGCAGUGGAGGCCACGGAAUCAACCAACACCACAAGGAGAGAGCUUUCACAGAUAAGAAACGGUCGGAAACUACGAAAGAGAAGAGGAGAAUGCGUAGCUCACAACCCUAUAGACAAAUGCUGGAGAUGCCACGGUGACUGGGAGCAGAACCGUAAGAAACUAGCGGAUUGUGUGCUCGGAUUCGGCAGGAGAACCACCGGAGGCAAAGACGGACCUUUCUACGUCGUCAACGACGCCUCCGAUGACGAUCUCAUCAACCCUAAGCCAGGAACGUUGAGGCACGCGGUGACACGAGACGGACCGCUUUGGAUCAUAUUCGGAAGCAGCAUGAUCAUAAACCUGCAACAAGAGCUGAUUAUCACGAGCGAUAAAACCAUAGAUGGACGUGGAGCUAGGGUUUACAUCAUGGAAGGUGCUGGAUUAACGUUGCAGUUCGUGAACAAUGUGAUCAUACACAAUAUUUAUAUCAAGCAUGUGAUUCCUAAGAGCGGUGGUUUGAUUAGAGACUCUGAGAAGCAUAUUGGGCUUAGGACAGUGAGUGAUGGUGAUGGGAUCAGUUUGUUUGGAGCAACUAAUGUUUGGAUUGAUCAUGUCUCGAUGACAAAAUGUUCAGAUGGUAUGAUUGAUGUGAUUCUUGGCUCGACUGCUAUAACUAUUUCCAACAGCCAUUUCACCGACCACACAGAGGUGAUGCUAUUUGGAGCAAAUGACAAACACGUGAUCGACAAGAAAAUGCAAAUAACAGUUGCGUUCAACCACUUUGGAAAGAGAUUGGAUCAAAGGAUGCCUCGUUGCAGAUUCGGAACAAUCCAUGUGGUGAACAAUGACUACACACAUUGGGAAAUGUAUGCAAUUGGUGGAAACAUGAACCCUACAAUCAUUAGCCAAGGCAAUCGUUUUAUUGCUCCUCCUAAUGAACAAGCCAAACAGGUUACAAAGAGAGAGUACACACAUUACGCUGAUUGGAAAACUUGGAAUUGGCAAUCAGAAGGAGAUUACUUUAUAAAUGGAGCUUAUUUUGUACAAUCUGGAAAACCAAAUGCAUGGAGCCCUAAACCGGUUAACCCUGUCCCAAGGAAGUUUGCGAUCAGACCUCAACCGGGAACAAUGGUCCGUAAACUCACCAUGGACGCAGGAGUACUUGGCUGCAAGCCCGGUACAGCCUGCUAA